AUGCCGCCUCUAUCCGCCCGAACUGACCGAGACACUUGUUCAGUGUUCGAUCGUAUCGGCCUUAACCGUCUGGACGAUCGCACCAUUUGGCACGGCCGACCGUUCCAUCGGUUCCGUACAACGACCGUUUGGCCGAUAACGCCGACCGUACGGACUAUCGCGCCAAACCGUCUGUACAACCGUAUGGACGACCGUAACCGUUCGCACGGCCGAUGCGCUCCACACGUUCUGCGGUUGAUCAACCGUUCGGCGACCAACCGUCCCAACUAG